UUGUAUUUGAGCAACAAAAAGACAACCACAUCUGUGUUCUGUCAUUCUGUAUUACUUUGCAUAUUCGACUGUGUCAAAUACUUUACCAAGCUUCCUAAAGAUGUGUUAAUUGACUAUUCGAAUUUAGUUGGCAUAAAAAAUAUAAAUCAUGUGGCUCUGGAGACAAAAUACAUUUUCGUUGAUUGCUGCUCUUUUGACUCUUCAAUGUUUACCGUCUUAUGAAUAUGUUAGCAGACACUUUACUGGCCUCGAUAAAUGGCAUCAAAGUCGUUCAACUAGCAGCGAAUAUAUACCAUCAGACUUUUACAAUGCUAUGAGAUUGGCAGAUCAGUCGAAACAAUCGUUGCAUAAUCAACUUAGAAGUUUUCUUGAAAAUCUUCAGAAAAAUCUCACAACAUCUAAAGUUCUUGGCGAUGUUGAUGGAAACUAUAAGAGUACGCUAAGUCAAAUGAAAAAACUAUACGAACUGCCAGAGUUCUUCUAUGCGACAGCGGAUAUAGCAAAUGCAUUAGCCCGUGACUCCGAGCAAUAUUUUGAAGUAUCGAAAAAUUGCAGUAGCACGCUUUUGCUAAAGCUUCGUCAGAUUCCAUCAUCACUGCCCACUUCAGUUAAGUUAUUGUUAACAAAUUAUUUUGAGGAAAUGGAAUUUUUUCACAUAACAUUCUCAGAGAUUUUGGACGAAGCCUUAGAGUACACGCAAAAUGCUUUCAUCGCCACUCAGAAGGCUUUUGUACAAUAUGCCGACGUUCAACAAUUUGUGCUGGACAAAUGGAAUUUCAAAGGAGAUGCUACCUGCUGUAAAGAGUAUAUGGAAUUCUUGCAGUUUUAUUCUGCACAAAUUUUUAAGUGCGCAGCCGGAAGUGAGCUUACGACCGCGUACGACGUAUUUGCUAUGACUGAGAUGACUGGAAAAUAUAUUAUUCAGCAGCUUGAGUUUAGGAUCCAACGGAUUUUUAACUGUCUUCUUUUUGGUAAUUACGAAAUACGGUGUACAUUUUUAAAGGAUGCUGAACAAGACUUCCAGCCGUUGCUUAACAAGAUUGAUGAGUUAAAAAUAUUUUAUGACAUUAGAAUUAAGCAUGGGCGUGUAUCGGCUUACAGGCUCACUCGGCGUGGCACUCAAAUUUAUACAGAAGCUUUUGAUGAUGUAACAAAUGAACCCAAAUGUUUACCAGAUAAUUUUCCACACAAUCAAAUGCAAUCAAGUUUAAAGUCAUGUUUCAACAACAUUGUUUUGUAUUAAGGAUUAAAGAUGCAAGUGUUGAAAACAAUUGCUAUUUAUUUAAAUAAAAUCGGAUCAUAUACAAGACGCUCUAUAAUUUUACUUCGUGAUUAAAUAUUAACACCUUAAUUUAUUUCCACUAAUGCCAAGGAAAUGCAGCAUCUCGAAUAUAGGAUUCUUAAGUGCAUCAACCGUGUAAUUUUACUCAUUAUCUGAUCCAAGCCCUUAAGCAGAUUGAGAAAGUCAUUGUAGGCGGUUUGAACACAACCCGUACCAUGUCUAUUGCUCUUUAAACACAACUUUAAUCGAUUAAGAGUUUGUGAAAUAUUGAAUAUAUACUGAAUACCAGUAGCUAUUAAGGGUCGUAUACUUUCGCAUAAAGAUAAGUUUGGUUUCAAGGUAAUGUUACAGCAAUUCUGCAAUUCUAUAAUACAUAUUUUGAUAAGGCUAUCCACAACAUGACACGCACCAUUUAGUGUUCCAGUCUUUAUAGCCGGGCUGUUAUUUUUUAAUAUUGAUUUCAAAAUGCUCUUGUCUAUCAAGUAGUCCGUGAGACUUUUAUCAAUAUACUCCAAAGCACCUUCAACACUAUUAUUAAUAUCGGAAAUUCUUUUAUUUACAAGUUCCAUCUGCUCUACAGCUAUGCUAUGGAUCGAAUAUACAGCAUUGACCUGGUCAAUGCGAGCUACCGCGUAUGUUAUAUCACUUAGUAAAUUGAAGAACCGAGUCAGAAAACCAUCGCCAGUAACAAGUUUUAUUAUUUCUGUCAUCAGUUCGCUGGGUAGACGCUGUUCCGAUUCAGUCAGAAUUCGAAAAUUUUCCUUGUGCAGGGUAUUUCCUACAGAUGCUAGGCAUACUGAAAGUAAUAUUACAAACACAGUACGCGAUAUAGUUCUCAUCGCUAUAGAUUAAUCUGAGCAACUGUCUGUGUAAAAUUGUCGUCUAUAAACUAUUGACGUCAACUAAAUUUUGUUUGUAAAUCACUAAGCUUCAAGAACAGUUUCAAUAUGUACA